GACUGUACACAGUCGUCUCAUUAGUCACUACAAUAAGGUUGUGGUUGCUGGAGCUGGUAAUAUUUUUGGAAUAGGAAAUCCAGGAUAAUUGACUUGAAAGCACCAUGUCAGAUGCUCCAGUGGAUAAUACAGAUGUUCAAGCCGAGGUGAUUCCUAGAGUGGGUGUCACUGAUGCUGAACGAGAACUUGCCAACAAUGCUCAUGUUGAGUUUGAAAGUAAACAAUACGACAGAUGCUUGGUUGCAUUGAACAAACUGUCAGAGCUGAGGAAGAAUGAUCCAAAGGUUCAGCAUAACAAAACAGUAGCACAGUUCUAUCACUUAAACUGUACGGGAACUGAAGAAUGUGGCAGGAACUUACUUCAGAUAAGAAAACAAAUUGAAAAAGACAGUGGUGACACUGGGGAAGAAAUAGAUGAUAUUGAUACAGCUUACCUGCUGUAUAAUGAGUCUGUUAUUUACUUUCAUUUAAGACAGUACAAUAAAGCAUUGUCAAUUCUUGAAAGACUAUUUAAGAUUGUUGAACCUCUAGAGGAAUCAAUUGGAUGUAAAAUCUGUUUCUUGCUCAGUGAAAUUUAUCUGGCACUUUACAAGGCUGACAAAGCUCAUAAUGUUCUGACAGUUUUAGAAUCCAUGGUAUUUGGAUCAAGUAAACCAGUAGAGUCUCAGAUCAUCCAAGGUGGAUUACAAGCUCAGCUUGGACCACCAGGCCAGUCUGCACCUCAGCCUGUCAAGGAAGUCGAUGAAACUUUAAAACUCCGUAUUCAUCAGCAUAAAGCACGGCUAAAUAUCCUGUUGAAGUCAAUGAAAGCCUGCAAACGUGAAAUAAAAACAGUUCUUAACACAAACAAUAUGACUCCAGAGGGUCUGUUCCUUAAGAGCAACUUUGAGUACCUCCGCCAGAAUUUCCGUAAAUCAAUUAAACUGCUGAACAGUGCACCAAAGCCAAGUGAUGUUGCAGAACGAGGUCAUUCAGUGAGCACAAUGUACUACAAUGACCUGGGAUGUAUUCACUUCCAAAUGCACAAGUACAACUUAGCAGCAUUCUACUUCAGACAGGCCUUACAGGAGAACAACAAGGCUCUCUCCUUACUACCUCCUGUUGACAAGAGUAUGUUUGUUUUUUAUUAUACAUCAUCAGAUGACUUUCGGCAGCAGUGCAUCAAGAAGAGUGAUGUUGUUCAGGAUGUUGUAGGCUCAGGGCCCCAUCGUAAGAUUGUUCUUUCUCCUGAAACUGAUAAACAGUGUGGUGCUGAUGAAAGCAAGGGCCAGUCUGCUGCUAUGCCAGCCUGCACCCUGGCAUUUGCCUCAUUAUGUCUUCAAAAUGCUUUGUUACUGCUGAAAAGUGCUGAAGUGAUUCCUGUUCAUGAGCCAGAGAGUGUGCUAGAGAGUCAGCUGGCCAAGGAAGAUGACACAGUCAGUCAAGAAACAGAUACCUCAAGUGACAGUGGCGGGUUUAGUCGGUCCUCGUCAAUACAAAGUGAAACAAGUAUCCCAGCUCCCCCUGGGCCCCCUGUUAAACUUCGUGAACUUCCACACCUGAGAUGUUCCAUUCUAGUCUGCAGUGCCUAUGUCGCGCUGGGACUGGGAGACAAUGUGAUGGCCUUGGCACAUGCGCAGAAACUACUGUCUCAAUCAAAUCUAGUCGGAGCACUCAAGUUCCUGGGUCAUUUGUAUGCUGCAGAGGCUCUAAUCAAACUGAAUCGUUUACCUGAAGCCAUCAUGCACUUGUCACCAGAGAACAUCAGCAAUAUUAGUAUCACUCCACCCAGUACUGCUGCGGACAACACAUCAGUUGUUACAGGCGAGAAUGUUGAUAAAGACAAAGAAUCUUCUAAACCUCACGGUUGUGAAAAGAUGAACUUUCCUCAGUCUUUGAAUGAAGCAAGAGCCACGUUUCUUGUCAAUCUAGCUGGUGUGUACAGUUUACGAAGUGAGUUUGACAAGGCACGCAAGUGUUUACAACAGGCUUGUUCUCUUGGUUAUUCAAAGGAGUUGUCUGCGCGUGUUGUACUACUAGCAGUGUACAUUGAGCUUCAGAGCGGCAACACCGCUGGUGCAUUGCAGACGAUCAAGAAACAUCAAGUUCUUCCUGUGAGUAAAGGAUUAAAGGCGGUAAAGAAAACAAGAGGAGCUGACAUCUGGAAAACAUGAAAAAAUCUCAGUUGGCUGUGAUAACCAAAUAUCUCUUCAUUUUGAAUGGGGCUUGAAAGUCGUACUGGCAUGUCAAACCUAGUUUCCUGUAUCUUGAUAGCUGUAGUACAGUUUUAACUGCAUUAAAUUUUUGGAUCAAAGAUA